AUGACACGACAUCAGGAAAGCGUUCAUGUCAAGUCACGAAAGUUCCAGUGCGCGAUGUGCAACGGCUCUUUUGCCCGGAAAGAUACUCUCAGAAGACACAUUGAUGACGGCUGCCCUCAGAGGGCGGAGCACAAAAAGCACAUCAAACGAGAGCGCCGUGCCUCGGAUACACAAUUAUCGUCCCGACAUCCUGGAGACUUUUCCGGAGACUUUGUGGCCCCCAAGAUGGAGCAAGACGAUUGA